ACCAUCACUACGAUUGGGUGUCACCUGGAGUUUCAGUUUCAGUUAUAAAUUGUUUUCCAUAUUUUUAUCUAACCCUACCGACCAUUUUACACCUGUCUUAUAAUGUAUAGUUCCUUCUUCAUUCUUCUUACCUUAAAAUCCUCUGCUCCAAUUCUCAAUUGACACUUGUAUUCCUUUUGGAGUUCGCUUUCGGCUUCAUUUUUCCUAUAUAAAUUAAAGUCUCCAAUCCAAUUAGAAAAUUCCAUCACAAAGAGUACUAUCAGACCUUCAAAUUCUACUAAUUACACAAAGGAUAUUAUAUAGCUAUAGUCGAUCUGGUUUUAAUAUGGCACAUAACGGUACUAGCCAAAACCGAAUGCAACUAACUGAUGAACAUGGAAACAAAGUUGAUCAAAUUGAGGGAAAUGCAACACAAGGUACUGCUAUGGGAUUUGCUCCUGCUGGUACAGGUACUCAUGAUGAUGCUAUGAAGAAAGAUGAAGGGCAGCAACAACUUCGUUGUUCUGGUAGCUCUAGUUCCAGUUCUGAGGAUGAGGGAGAAGGAGGGAGGAGGAAGAAGAAGGGGAGAAAGGAGAAGAUUAAAGAGACGUUGACCGGAGGUGCUGGCGAAGGUGCACAAACUAAUACUCCUGCUCCUACUCCUAUUGGUGAAGCAGCUGAUCAAGGAGGGGAAAAGAAAGGAAUAAUGGACAAAAUCAAAGAGAAGAUCCCUGGGAUGCACUGAACAAUUCAUGAAAUAAUUACCUUAUCAUCAUCACUUUGGAGUAUACCUUUUUACCCUUAUUUUAUGUAUUGUGUGGAUGUUACAUUACGAGUGUGUUGUUGUAAUUGUGGUGGAGUGAUAUGUCUUUCUAGCCAUUGAAGCAUGGUGCACGCACUUUUAUGUACAUACGCGGGCUCAUGAUCUACUUAAUAUGAAGUGUCUAUGUACUACUGUAUAUGUCUAAUGUGGUUUUGGAAAUAAGUAUUCUACAUUAUACUGGUAUAUAAUUACGUACUGCUAAUUUAGUAUA